GAAGAACGACCUCCAGCUGCAAGUGCAGGCUGAGCAAGACAAUCUUGCAGAUGCCGAGGAGCGCUGCGACCAGCUGAUCAAGAACAAGAUCCAGCUGGAGGCCAAGGUGAAGGAGCAGACAGAGCGGCUGGAGGACGAGGAGGAGAUGAAUGCUGAGCUGACGGCCAAGAAGAGGAAGCUGGAGGACGAGUGCUCGGAGCUCAAGAAGGACAUUGACGACCUGGAGCUGACCCUGGCCAAGGUGGAGAAGGAGAAACACGCGACGGAGAACAAGGUGAAGAACCUGACAGAGGAGAUGGCCGGGCUGGAUGAGAUAAUAGCCAAGCUGACCAAGGAGAAGAAGGCCCUGCAGGAGGCCCAUCAGCAAGCGCUGGACGACCUGCAGGCCGAGGAGGACAAGGUCAACACCUUGACCAAAGCCAAGGUCAAGCUGGAGCAGCAGGUGGACGACUUGGAGGGUUCCCUGGAGCAGGAGAAGAAGAUCCGCAUGGACCUAGAACGGGCCAAGAGGAAGCUAGAAGGGGAUUUGAAACUGGCCCAGGAGAGCAUCAUGGACCUGGAGAAUGACAAGCAGCAGCUGGACGAGAAGCUGAAAAAGAAAGACUUUGAGCUCAGCGCACUGAAUGCCCGGAUCGAGGAUGAGCAACUGAUAGCUGCCCAGCUCCAGAAAAAGCUCAAAGAGCUUCAGGCGCGCAUCGAGGAGCUGGAGGAGGAGCUGGAGGCAGAGCGCACGGCCCGGGCCAAGGUGGAGAAGCUGCGCUCGGACCUGUCGCGGGAGCUGGAGGAGAUCAGCGAGCGGCUGGAGGAGGCGGGCGGCGCCACCUCGGUGCAGAUCGAGAUGAACAAGAAGCGGGAGGCGGAGUUCCAGAAGAUGCGGCGGGACCUGGAGGAGGCCACGCUGCAGCACGAGGCCACGGCCGCCACCCUGCGCAAGAAACACGCCGACUCGGUGGCCGAGCUGGGCGAGCAGAUCGACAACCUGCAGCGCGUCAAGCAGAAGCUGGAGAAGGAGAAGAGCGAGCUCAAGCUGGAGCUGGAUGAUGUCAGCUCCAACUUGGAGCAGCUGCUCAAAGCCAAGGCCAACCUGGAGAAGCUGUGCCGGACGGUGGAGGACCAGAUGCACGAACACAGGACCAAGUCCGAGGAGGCACAGCGCAUGGUGAACGACCUCACCACCCAGCGUGCCAAGCUCCAGGCUGAGAACGGCGAGCUGGCCAGGCAGCUGGACGAGAAGGAUGCGCUGGUCAACCAGCUGACACGGGGGAAGCUGACAUACACCCAGCAGCUGGAAGAUCUCAAGAGACAACUGGAGGAAGAGGCCAAGGCGAAGAACGCCCUGGCCCACGCGCUGCAGUCAGCCCGGCAUGACUGCGACCUGCUGCGGGAGCAGUACGAGGAGGAGACGGAGGCGAAGGCCGAGCUGCAGCGCUCGCUCUCCAAGGCCAACUCCGAGGUGGCGCAGUGGAGAACCAAGUAUGAGACGGACGCCAUCCAGAGGACAGAGGAGCUGGAGGAGGCCAAGAAGAAGCUGGCGCAGCGGCUGCAGGAGGCGGAGGAGGCUGUGGAGGCCGUGAACGCCAAGUGCUCGUCGCUGGAGAAGACCAAGCACCGGCUGCAGAAUGAGAUCGAGGACUUGAUGGUGGAUGUGGAGCGGUCAAAUGCUGCCGCAGCUGCCCUGGACAAGAAGCAGAGAAACUUCGACAAGGUGGGACUGGGGGAGGGGAGAGAGAGGGGGAGAGAGAAUGAAUGAAUGGAUGAAACAGAG